AUCGUCAUCAUAUUCGGCGUCUCUCCGGUCUCACACCUCACCGUAUUUGCAAUCUCCUCUUGCUUCUUCCCUUCCGGCAUCGGAGAAUCAUAAUUUGCUUCUUGCGUCGUCGUCGAGUGGAUUUGCUGGAGCAUUACACGGAUCUUCUGUAUAAAUAUGGAUCCUCGUCAAUUCGAACACAUCGUUGUCGAUGAUAAUGAUAUUCACAGCAUUGUAAUGUCAUACCUUCUGCACAACUGCUUCAACGAAACUGCGGACUCACUUGCUUCUUGUACUGCAACAAAGCAACCCGCAAUUGAUCGUGAUAAUAUGGAGAGAAGAAAACAAAUAAUACAUUCUAUACUGGAGAAGAAGGCGUUGAAGGCUGUUGAACUAACUGAACAACUAGCACAAGACUUGCUUGAGAAAAACAAGGAUUUGCACUUCGAUCUUCUAUGCCUUCAUUUUGUGGAGCUAGUCUGUGCUGGGAAGUGCACCGAAGCUCUUGAAUUUGCCCAGACAAGAUUGGCUCCUUUUGGGAAGGUUCAGAAAUACAUACAUAAGCUUGAAGACGCGAUGGCUUUGCUGGCUUAUGAAGACCAUGAGAAAUCCCCAAUGUUCCAUCUUUUGAGCUAUGAACACCGUCAACAAGUUGCCGAUAAUCUGAACCGCACCAUUCUUGAACACGCAAACAAUCCAAGCUACACACCAAUGGAAAGGCUCUUACAACAGGUGACAGUUGCGAGACAAUACUUGACCGAGGAGAAUGGCAAAGAUGCGUUUCCUCCAUUCUCUUUGAAGGAUUCUCUCAGAGGCUAAGAUCGCAGGACCGACUCCAAAGUUUGGUAGGAGGAGGAUAUGCUAAGCACUGUCAUGUAUAUACGAAAAGGCUUGCCUCUCAAUUUCAUCUCCAUUGUUUUUAUUGCUGUCUUCAACUCCGGCAAACAUGGAGAAAUGGUUAGUCUUCCAUGGCCACAGAAGGGGUUUUGGUUUUGCUGUUGCAGGAGAUAAAUGUUGUUAAAGACCGGGUUCUGUUUGCUUUGGUUCAGUUCGGUUCUCUACUAGAAGAUUAUUUCCUUUACGUUAUGAGUUUAGUCGAUAAAUCUGUAAUCCAUGUCCUUUGGAAAACUCCUUUUCUCUUUGUAAUUAUCGUUUAUGUUUUGAUAUAAAACCCAUAAAUCCAAGA